UUCUGCACGUGCGUGUUUCUUGCGACUUACAGAAUAAAUAAAUUAAUAAAAAUAGGUCAAUAAAUUGAAAUAUUGUAACCAAAUACGUGUGGUUUAUUAAUAAAUGUACAAAGUGUUAAAUUCUCAAAUUCAGAUUGGUUUGGAUUAGAAGUGGGAACUUUCCAGAUUUUUUCCAAUUCUUGUUGGCUUGGCGUUUUCAAGGUGAGUACAGUAUAUUUCUGUUGAAGUAUAAAUUAGAUAUAAAUAUAUCCCAUUUGCUAUACCUAUUUAACAUCUGGUAGGUAAAUAUUCACUUGGCAAAAACUCCUGGCAUUAGGAGCCAAACAGUGUGCUGCAUUUUUGGCAUAUUCCUAGGUGAGCAGAGUGCAUUCCGGUUUAGUACAGCAUAGGUAUACAUCUCAUUUCAAAACCAGACUUUACCACUUUUAAUUAAAGUGUUAUUUUGCAGGAAAGUAAGUGCAUCAGACAGGUAAAAUGAGUUAUGCGCUUUUGGGCUAUAGCAAAAGACAUUUUAAGCGGCUUGUAGCCAAAGAAUUGAAUGGUUUGAAAACUGUAGACGAGGAAGCCCCGAAAGAUUCAUCAAAUCGCUCUAAUUUAAGCAACGAUACGAAAAAUGUCGAAGUCAAUGGAAUUUCUGUUCCGGAAAAUCCAGAAUACGAGAGGAUUCUUAUGCCUUUAAUGCAACCGUCAUUCGAUAUUAUUUCGGGAUUUAAAGAAUGGAUGGUGAAGCAUAAAAUAAGGCGAGCUGCUGUUAAUGAUAUGCUUGUUUUGUGUAAAAAAUCUGGUCUUAAUGUCCCCAUUUCGACAAGUGGCAUACGUACGCAAUACCGUAGGUGUUACUCCGAUAAGAAAAAUUGUUCCUUUCUUAUUUGCUGAAUCUACUAUGCCUUUCAUUAAUUGGGAUGGUCGUCACCAAAGAUUUGCAAUCAAAUCUCUUCAAUUUUUCAACGAAAUAGUUUUUCGUACGAUAUUUGAUAAAUUAUAUACUCAAUGUCGAAGUAUUAUUAUACAUUUACCUUAUUUUCAUAUAACAGGUGCAGUUCAAGGUCCCGAUAUGGAUUUCUCCAAAUUUGACAGUGAAAUGCGGAAGGGGAUCCGAUCCGCGAAAAACAAAAUGUAUAAAAACAAAUCCAACCAGUCUUAAUUAUUUUCGAAGCAUAUCUUAAUCUACCAUAAUUUAUUUUGUAUGUAAGACUCAACCUUCAUCACAUUUUUUUACCAUUUUUAAGUUAACCAUUUAUGAACGUUAAUGUAACGUAAUGAAAACUUCCUUAUUUUAAAAUGAAUUCCAGUGUCCUUAUGUAAAAAAAAUUUAUUUUGAAACAUAUAUGUAUGUACAUAUAUGAACAUUAACGUAGCGUAAUGAAA